GUUCUUUCUCUCUCUACCACGUCGUCGUAGUCUUCUCUCUCUUUCUCUUCUCCGGGAAGAAGAGGAUCAGGAGGAGGAGGAGGAGGCGAGGAGCUCCAGUUGCAUGGACAAGGGCCACCUGGGUGGUGGCGGAGGAGGAGGUGGUGGGCUGCUCGCUCUCGACGCGUCGCCGCGCCCGCUCGGCUUCUUGAACCUGCUCUCCCCGGCGCCGUUCCACAGGAGCAUGGAGGCGGACGACGGCGGCGGCGGCGGCAGGGCACGAAGGUCCAUUGAGGUGGACUUCUUCUCCGACGAGAAGAGGAACAUGAAGAAGAGCCGGGUCUCUACCGCCGGUGCCGAGGCGGACGACGCCAAGGGGUCUGCCGCCGCCGCCGGCCUCGCCAUCAAGAAGGAGGACCUCACCAUUAACCUCCUUCCCGCCGGGAACAACGCGAGGAGCGACCGGUCGAUGGUGGUCGACGACGACGCGGCGUCGCGGCCGGAUCACGACGAGAAGAGCCGGAGCAGCAACGAGCUCGCGAAGAUGCAGGCGGAGCUGGGCCGCAUGAACGACGAGAACCAACGGCUCCGGGGGAUGCUGACCCAGGUGACCAGCAGCUACCAGGCGCUGCAGAUGCACCUCGUCGCGCUCAUGCAGCAAAGGCCCCAGAUGCUGCCUCCGACCCAACCGCUACCGCCUCCACCUCACCAGGAUGGAAAGGCCGAUGCCGCGGUGGUUCCGAGGCAGUUCCUCGAUCUGGGCCCGUCAGGCGCCGGCGGCGAGGCGGCGGCGGAGGAGCCGUCCAACUCGUCGACGGAGGUCGGCAGCCCGCGCAGGUCGUCCUCUACUGGCAACAAGGAUCAAGAACGCGGCGACAGCCCGGACGCCCCCUCGACGGCGGCGGGGUGGCUGCCGGGACGCGCCAUGGCGCCGCAGCUGGCGGACAGGGGCCAUGACCAGCAAGCCCAGGAGGCCAACAUGAGGAAGGCCCGCGUCUCCGUUCGCGCGCGAUCCGAGGCACCAAUCAUCGCCGAUGGGUGUCAAUGGAGGAAGUACGGGCAGAAGAUGGCGAAGGGAAACCCUUGCCCACGCGCGUACUACCGCUGCACCAUGGCCACCGGCUGCCCGGUGCGGAAGCAGGUGCAACGGUGCGCGGAGGACCGGUCCAUCCUGAUCACCACGUACGAGGGCACGCACAACCACCCGCUGCCGCCGGCCGCGAUGGCGAUGGCGUCCACCACGUCGGCGGCGGCGUCCAUGCUUCUGUCGGGGUCCAUGCCCAGCGCCGACGGCGCCGCUGGGCUCAUGAGCUCCAACUUCCUGGCGCGCACCGUGCUGCCGUGCUCGUCGAGCAUGGCAACCAUCUCGGCGUCGGCGCCGUUCCCGACGGUCACGCUCGACCUCACCCACGCCCCGCCGGGGGCGCCCAACGCCGUCCCGCUCAGCGCCGCGCGCCCGGCCGCGCCGGUGCCGCAGUUCCAGGUGCCGCUGCCAGGCGGCGGUGUGGCGCCGGCCUUCGCCGUGCCGCCGCAGGUGCUGUACAACCAGUCCAAGUUCUCCGGCCUGCAGAUGUCCUCCGACUCGGCCGAGGCUGCCGCCGCGCAGUUCGCGCAGCCGAGGCCAGCGAUCGGCCAGCUGCCCGGCCCUCUCUCCGACACCGUCAGCGCCGCGGCGGCGGCGAUCACCGCUGACCCCAACUUCACAGUGGCGCUCGCAGCGGCCAUCACGUCCAUCAUCGGCGGCCAGCACGCAGCGGCCGGUGGCAACAACAGCACCGCCAACAACGCCGCCACCACCAGCAAUCAAAACAACACAAGCAGCAACAACACGACGAGCAACAACACCAACAGCGAGACACAGUAAAAAUUGAGUUCGGAUCAGUCAUUCACAUAGAUUUUCAAGUUUUUACUCUUACUUUGUUCAGGAUAGGUUCUUGAUUUCUCUCCUUUGGUUUUCAUUGCUCGGCCGAGCUGUGCAGUGGGCACAAUGGGUAUACGCUUCCUUUUUUUACCCUCUUUCCGGGUUUUGCAGCAGCAAAAAAAGUUGUAUUAAUUCAUUGCUUUUUCUUAGUUCUUUUCUACCCGCAAAGCAGCUGUUGAUACUCCACAGUAAUAAUUAGUACAAUAAUAGCUAUCCUCCUGAGAAUUUUGUAUACUUGUCAAAGCAACAAAAGAAAAGAAACAAUGACAGCUUACUGGAACCUCUCUU